CUCCUUUUGAUUUAUUAGAUUACUGUUUGAAGGAUUUGGAGUUAAAUGAAGUAUAUUUUCCCUGUCUAUUCUUCUUUCUAGGCAAAGAUGACCUGGGAAUGAAAACUCUAGUUCCUUGGCUUUCCCUUCCAUAACUUGGUUAGUUCAACAAAAGAGAGAACACACUGGAAUGUUAGGUUUGAGAGAAAGCCUAUAGACCCGUUUUGCAUCAAAGGUUACAUGGAACAGAUCCGAGGAACCAUAUCAGAAUGCAAUCCCAUCGUCCACCUGUCUUAGGACAAGUGUCGAUCGUCGAAGGCGUCACUGCCAGUCUCCGCCCGAUCUGCUCCUCGCAGAGGAUUUUGAUCCAGGAUAGUGCCAAUACUGCUUAGAGAUAGAAUCAACACUUUUAAACACCUAUUUUUCGCGGCAUCCUCUGUAAAACUUGGGUUGAAAUCCAGAUCCCUCGCACUUCAGUUAACCCUCCAAAACCCUCAAACCCCUGCAAAUCCCAUUCUACACCAUUAAUGGCGAAACCGAGCUCUUUAAUUCAGCAUGUUGAAGCCUUCGUUGAUGUCUCUCGUCCUCCGAAUCAACAGAUUGUAAGUGUAGAUGCUGUCGCUUCACUUUUGAAGAAUGAUCUCGUAACUAUAGAAACACUAGUCAGGGAAAUGGAAAUGUAUUUGACAACUACAGAUAACGUCAUUCGUGCUAGAGGUAUCCUCCUUAUAGGAGAAGUGCUUACACGUCUUACAGAAAAUCCACUAGACAAUGCUACUAUACAUAGCUUGAUAAGGUUCUUCACAGAAAGGCUGGUGAGUCGGCUGUCAUUUUGUCCAUAGUGGUAGGAUUUCUUCGUUGAAUGGUUCUUUAUUUUUGAUUUAUGUAAUCUUUUUGUCACCGUCAUUUCUCCUGGUCUGUUUAAGCUAUGUCCUUUUCUUUAUUAUCUACAAGGUUCAAUUUGAUUUAUUAAUACUUCUUGUUUAAUAAUUAAAGAACCCACACAAUUUGACUCAUGACUUUUUAAU